AUGGCUCCGCCUCGCGUUAAUGUCAGGUAUCGGUGGAACAUGAGCCGCGGAUUAGAGCCCCAAUUCUGGAGAGCCAUGGGCCUGGAACUACACACUAUCAGCCGGGCCCAGUUCAGAGAGGUUCUCAUGCUCCUUGCACGUGUCUAUUUUCCUAUGCUCGAAGAACGUAUCAGACUGGGGCACGGCACAGACGACGUGUUCCUUUUCGGACGGGGUGCUCAGUUCAGAGAUGAAGUCAACAAUGCCGUCGCAGAAGAGCUAUUUACAGAAGCAGUCUGGAACCGCUUUGGAGACAUUACACCCAUCACUGGCAGACCCACGUUGAGAAUCAGAACCCUUGGACGCCCGGUGCUGCCCCCAUUGGCGGCCCUCAGAUUGCUGUUGCAGCUACACCUCUCCCACCUGCCGCUCCACCUGUUGCACCUCCCCCACCUGCCACUCCGUCUGUUGCAUCUCCUCCUGGGCCCGGCCCGGCUCUUCCUCUACCUUCCUUGGCCCCCCCCUCCCCCGGCUGUCCCUGCACUCACAACACCUGCCUCACUACUUGCCGCCUUUACACCCGUCAAUGGACAUGCCCCGGGACCUACCCCUCCCGGCCCUAAUGGGACGGCGUAUCCUCCCGGGUGGGAUGGACCGAACGGACCCGCCCCUCUAUCUGGUAUCGCUAAGUGUACACCCGAGCAUGCCGAAACCACUGCUGACGAUGUUCUACCCACCCCGCCUCUGUCUGAAUCCUCUCGCAAGCGGUCCCGACAUGACAGUGCCAGCGAUAGCGACAGCAAGUCUGGUAAAGGGUCUCCUGUGUCCGCCGCCAAGAAGCGACGAGUUAGCUCGGUCAAGCCCGGGACUAUCUCUGGAAGAGUCAGCAAGGCUAGCUCUCGACAGGUUUCUCGAUCAUCGGCACGGUCGAUCGUUCAGGUUUUGGCUGAGCCCGUUGCUGAGCCCGUUGGGCUGAACGUUUCCAUCCCGAUGGACUGUUCUUCCGAUGAGAGCGGUGAUGAGGUUAACACGCCCGAGCUGAAAGUGCAGAAGAAAGCGUGGACUGCGAAGAUGCGUAGCUACCUCUCUGGUUUUGGCUCUAAGCCCUAG